AUGGACACAGCAAAGCCCAAGAUUGCAGAUGAAGAUAACCUGUCAGACACGCAUGUACAGGGCGUAAUAAAUGCUCAUCUACAAUCUCUGCCAGCCUUAGAUGGUGCCGAGCGUGAAACUUUACGCCUUCAGACUUUAGGACAGGCAGAUAACAAACUGUGGCAUGCUACACGCACUGGUCGCCUAACUGCAUCCAUGUUUAAACGGUUUUGCCGUUGUGUCAAGCCUGAAGGCUUGCUAAGGACAGUAUUCUAUCCAAAUGGUAAAGCAAUGUCAGAGGCAAUAGCAUAUGGACGGAAGCAUGAGAAGGAUGCUGUUGAUUUGUAUGUGCAGCUCCAGCAAAUGAGAGGCACAAAUGUGCAAAGCCAUGAAACUGGGCUGCACAUUCAUCCGCAGUAUCCUUUUCUGGCAGCUUCACCUGACAGAAUUAUUGUUUUAGAUGGAGAAGAAGGUCUUUUGGAAGUUAAGUGUCCUCUCUCGAAGAAGGGCCUUACAAUUGAAGAGGCAAGUGAGGACAGAAAGUUUUGCUGUGCCCUUGAGGAAGAUAAUGAAGUAGUACUCAAAAAAGAUCACCCGUAUUACUUUCAAAUGCAGGGGCAAAUGGCCAUCACUGGCCAUGCAUGGUGUGACUUUGUAAUUUGGACAGAAAAUGAGCAAGCAAGUGAGCCAAACUGCAUUUACAUACAGAGGAUAUAUUUUAACAGUAAAUUUUGGGAAAGUGAAAUGCUGCCAGCCCUGCUGCAUUUUACUAAGUGGGCAUUUGUGCCAGAGCUAAUAAAGCGUGUGAAACGACUGGGCACCCUUUAUUUAAAUGGACUGUAUGCUUCAUACAGGAAAUUGCAACAAGGUUUCUAUGUUUGCAAGCCUGGAAAUGGUCUUGCAGUGACAUUACGGAGGCUGAAGUGA